UUAAAUCCCUUGUUUUGUGUUCCGUGAGACGAUUUCUCGUUCCGACAAUGUCGGCUCCGGUUAAGAAGAGGAAGACGACGAAGAGACGGUCGAAUACAAAAACACAGCCUCUUGUGCUUCCUCAGACGCCUGAAUCGACCCCAAAUCCGUCGCUUCCAGAUGAUUUGAUAGUGAGUUGCUUAGCAAGAGUAUCAAGAUUGCAAUACCCGACACUCUCACUCGUCUCCAAGACCUUUCGAUCUCUCCUAGCUUCACCGCAUCUUUAUGAGACCCGAUCAUCUUUAGGCCACACAGAGAGUUGUCUCUAUGUAUGCAUAAACUUCCAUCCUGACGAUAACCCUAGCUGGUACACCCUCUGCCGGAAACCUGAUCGAACCCUAACCACCAACGACACCAUGAACUUGAAGAAGAAGAAGCAAAGUGAGUAUGCUUUAGCUAAACUCCCAACUCCUCCUUCUCGGCGUUCUGCGCACUGGUCGGGUCUCGUGACAGUUGGUUCAGAUCUCUACAACAUUGGCGGACCCAUAGACGACGCCGACGCCAACGAGCCAUCCUCUAGCGUCUCAAUCCUGGACUGUCGGUCCAACACGUGGCGCGAAGGUCCAAGUAUGUUGGUGAAGCGGAACUUCCCACACGCCAAUGUAGUUGAUGGAAAGAUAUAUGUAACCGGAGACUCUAACUCUGGUUCCUCCAAGUGGAUGGAAGUUUUCGACACAAAAACACAAACUUGGGAGCUUGUGUCUACCCCUGCUGCGGAGAUGCGACUCCAGUAUGAUAUUAUAAGUACAAGCGCAGGGAUCGACGGAAAGGUAUACAUUUUCGGAUCCUGUAAUGGUUUGGCUUACGAUACGAGGGAAGGUAGAUGGGAAAGUGUGGGGAUGGAGAUGAGUUCGGAAUGGGUUUGGUUUUCUUACUGUGUGGUUGAGAACGUGAUUUACGUUUAUGACAACGAAGAGUUCAAAUGGUAUGACACUAAGGCAAGACUCUGGAGAGUUUUGAAGGGUUUGAAAGGACUUCCUAAGUUCCCACGUUAUACUGCUAGAUUGGCGGAUUAUGGUGGGAAGAUGGCUGUUUUUUGGGGCAGGGUUGUGGCUUCCACUGGUUAUGUGGACAAGAUGAUUUGGUGCGCUGUGAUUGUGCUUGAAAGGCGCAGCGAUCAAGAGAUUUGGGGUAAGGUUGAGUGGAAGGAACCUGUGCUUAAAGUCCCCAAGUCAUGUAGAAUUAACCAUGCUCUUGCUGCUACCCUUUGAUGACUUGAUUGCGAUGAAUCAUUUUGUUGUAUAAUUUCUGUCUUUGUUGUUAGAUGAACGCAGUAGGAGCAUCUUUUCACUUGUCUAAACCUUUUUAGCUUAUUUUGUGACCUAUGAUUUUGAAACCUCGUUUUUAUGAAAAGUUGAUUGUCGUUUGGUGUGUUA